GAGGCUAAACGUGAAGACAUGAGCGAGCCCGAGUGACAGUCAACUUCUAUCAAAGCGCCUCUACUACGUCAUGCCCUUUGCACCUGCAGCUUUACUCGACUUUUACCUGCCCAAGAUCUAAAGCAUCGAGCCUUUCUCUGUACACUUUGUGAAAGGACCUUUCCAGAGAACGCGCUCUCAUCUGUCAGGCUUUUGAAUCAAAGGGUUUUUCCUCUACAACUACAUAACUGCCCUUGUUAACUCAACUGGCUCGUCUUGCAUAGCCGCGUACCGUUGCCCAUCUAACGUUGUGGCUUGUGAGAAACAAAUUCUCUAGCAAUCUGUCAAUAUUCCCAGGAAGGUCAUUAAACUUUAGCUACGCCCGAAGUAGAUCUUCCCGAAGCAGCCUCAUCGCCAUGUCUUCUUUUAUUCGUUGGUACAACUCCAGAUUGGCUGCGCGCCCGCUACUUACUCAAAGUGUAACCACGGCAUUUCUGUUUGCUACCGGCGAUGUUACAGCUCAACAGCUUGUCGAGAAAAGGGGCGCUCAGAAGCAUGACCUGGUUCGAACAGGCCGAAUGGCCCUCUACGGUGGCUUUGUUUUCGGUCCUGUUGCAACAACAUGGUUCGCAUUCCUCGCCCGUAGGGUCAACGUGAGAAACAACAAGAAGGCCGAGGUUCUCGCCCGAGUUGCUUGCGACCAGCUUGGUUUUGCGCCUGUCAUGAUAGGUGUGUUCCUGAGCAGCAUGGCCACCAUGGAAGGCAAGAGCGUAAAGGAGCGCAUCGACAAGACCUGGUGGCCCGCACUAAAGGCCAACUGGAUGGUCUGGCCUGCUGUCCAGGUCAUCAACUUCUCGCUCAUUCCCUUGCAAUAUCGUCUUUUCUUUGCCAACAUCAUUGCUAUUGGCUGGAACUCAUACUUGAGUUGGGUCAAUUCCCAAUAAACAAGGAUCUGUUUGUUGGAACAGUCGUCCUGCUGGCCAUCUUCACAUAGAAAUAGACGCAUGUGUCCUCAUAUACCAUGCAAGGUUGAUACUCUGUUUUCACAAGAGUUGACUGGGCUUAUACUUUCACACGGUUAUGGAACAAACGGCGCAGAAGGAUUGAAUCAAGCGGUUAAAAGAGCUCGACCGUAUUUCAUUAGAUGCUAUAGUUAUGUAUACUAAACCAUCAAAAGCACACGACUUCUUACUUUCAUUAGUAGUUACUUCAUGGAUCUCAUUCCUCU